CUUUUAUAUUUGAUAUUUUUUUUUUAAAACAUUUGAGAAGAGAAUAGAGAUGGCUAUAGUUGGUAGCCGAAGAAGAUCAGGGACGACCCAACAGAAUGCUAAUUUACCAAUUGUCUCUGCUAAUUAUAAAUGGAAGAAAUGGUCAUAUUUCGUUCCUCUUGUUGUUGCCCUUGCUGUUAUGUCAGACAUGGCCUUUGUGGAUCGUCUCCACUUCUUCUCUCCGCCUCCACCUAUCAAUCAAGAACAGGAACCAACAAUACAGGAGCUUGUGCAACUUAGUAAGAAUGAACUGGAAACCAUGCCAUUUUUCGACAAUUUUUGGGAUCAAAUUCAAAAUAAUGAAAAUAUUUCACUUCGUCUUGAAAAUCUUGUGAGCUCUUCCAAUGAUAGCAAGAUAGAUAUGGUGAUAUAUUGUAUUGGGAGCAUCAAACAUAGAGAAAAAUCAAGGUUGCAACUAAGCUUGGCACUUUUGUUGAAGGAAAAAGUGGAUUGGAUUAGUGAUAACAUAAAAAUAUUUGAUCCAAAUCUCACUUAUGUAGAGAAUCAAGCUUUGAGGGAUAUGGGUUUUCAAGUGUUGGAAAAUGAUGAGAAAGGUAAAAGAAAGGUGAACAAGCCAACAGUGUUCUACAUGCCUCAUUGUCCAGCAACUAUGUAUGUGAAUGUAGUGAAAGAAAACCAAAAGGGAGGCACAUUGAAAAAUGUCGUGGUAUUAGGGAAUAGCUUCACUUGGAUUAAAAAUAUUUUUCUUGAUGAUAUUAUCGACUCUUUGGGACAAAAUUUUGCCCAUGAGUUCCAAGUUGUGAGAGACGUAGUGGAUUUGUUACCACUAAUUCGGAUUACGUUUAAACACUUAUGUUGGCAUUUUUGCUCCGUAUGUAAUAAUUAAUAAGUGAUUUUACUUUAUAUCACUCUCAACUAGGGACGAUUUAUUAAGGGUCCACUAGCCUCAUUAAUUAAAUGUAUUGUAUUAUUUAAUAUAAUAAUAUGUUUAGUAUUGAUUUGUAUUAAUAGGUUGUGUAAAGUUAUAAUAUAUUUUCAAUAAAUUUGACCCAACACCGACACCAAGUCAGAGACUGGGGUUGACCCC